ACUAAUCAGAGCCGGGGUUGAAGAAGCAUUCAGGUCGCGUUGGCAGGCGGAGAGACCCGUUUAUUAUCUUUUUAUUUUCAUGGAUGGUUAAUUAAAAAUAUAUAUGUAUGGCGCUCCUUUUUGUAGCUUAGCUCGUUUGCUUUUAUAGUUUUGCCUUCAUUUGUAUAUUUUUCCCCCAGACGCUGCUGUUUGAAUUUGUUUUGUCUUGCUUAGCAACAGCGACUUCACGGUUCAGUAUUUUUGCAAGAUGUCCGCGGCGGAUGGAGCAGAAGAAGCUGUGUACCAUGAGAAUCAGGAAAACAUGGCCGGACGGUUACGAGGUUCAAAUAAGAGUAGACUGGAGAACCAGGAGAACGUGAACGCUAGUAAACAGACCGCCAGAACCGUCCUGGGAGCUUUGGCCAACAACCAACGCCGGCAGCCCGCCCUGAGAGGCUCCAAACAGGGCUCAGCACCCCAAGCCUGUAAAUCAGAAGACUACAGCAAAAGCUAUGUCGAGAAGCCUGCAGCCAAACAACCUGCUUUUCAGAUUCACAUCGACGAACCUGAUGGGGCCUGCUCCAAAAAACAAGCGUCUGCCAAACAAGCCGCCGUGAAUUGCUCUCCGUUAACACUGAAUCCGACAGUAACGCGGCUCAGGCAGCCUCUCGCUACUAUUGACCUGCCUAUGGAGCUCAGUUUUGAUUCUCCCAUGGACAUGUCGAUCGUUGAGAGUGAGGAGAGGACUGUGAAUGUAAAUGAAGUUACCGAUUACGCUUCUGAAAUCCAUACACAUUUAAGGGCGAUGGAGGUUAAGUGCAGGCCGAAAGCAGGCUACAUGAAGAAGCAGCCUGACAUCACGAACAGCAUGCGUGCCAUCCUGGUGGACUGGCUGGUGGAAGUCGGCGAGGAGUACAAGCUCCAGAACGAGACGCUGUACCUGGCCGUGAACUACAUCGACCGCUUCCUGUCCUCCAUGUCCGUCCUGAGAGGGAAGCUGCAGCUCGUCGGCACGGCAGCCAUGCUCUUGGCUUCGAAGUUUGAAGAGAUCUACCCCCCAGAGGUGGCAGAGUUUGUCUACAUCACUGACGACACCUACUCAAAGAAGCAAGUGUUAAGAAUGGAGCAUCUGGUCCUGAAGGUCCUGUCCUUUGAUCUGGCCGCACCGACGAUCGUCCAGUUUCUCACGCAGUACUUCCUCAAGCAGCGAGUCUGCAACAAAGUCGAGAGCUUGUCCAUGUUUCUCGGAGAGUUAAGUUUAGUUGAUGCAGACCCCUUCCUGAAGUACCUCCCCUCUCAAAUGGCUGCUGCCGCCUUUAUUUUGGCAAACUACACCAUCACAGGGGCUUCUUGGUCCAAGGCUCUGGCUGAGAUGACUGGUUACACAUUGGAAGACCUCAUGCCAUGCAUCCAAGAUCUCCAUCAGACCUACCUCGGUGCUGCUCAGCACGCACAGCAGUCCAUCAGAGAGAAAUAUAAGGGCGUGAAACACCAUGAAGUUUCUCUCCUUGAACCCCCACAGAAGCUGAUGUUGAAUUGACCCUGACUUUUUUUUCCUCCCCCCCAUCUCCUCCCCUCAAAUUCCCGACUCUAACAGGAAUUGUGUGUAUAGUCCUCACGUUGCAUAAACAUGUAACUGCAAUAACUGACACUGUAGCCUUCCUGUGUGGAGGAUAUGGUGAAAUUAGCAUGUCGUGUAUAUUUUGUGCAGUCCUGAAGGACUGCUGUGUUUUAUGCUUGAUGCAUCGGUAUUUUGUACAGUAGAUAAUCCUUAAAGCAUUUUUUACUUUUUUUUUUAAUGAAGGCAACAAAAGUGGUUUUCAAUACAAUUUCAAUGGAGAUAUUUUUCCACCUUGAUAUCUAAAUAAACCACUGGGUUUUUCUAUAUAAAAAAACAAACUUGUGAGCAUUACUUUGUGGUGGGGGUUUUUUGUUUUAGGUUAAAUUAUGGUGCACUAUCAUGCCUAAGGAUUUGACUGGGGGCUAUAUAACAACUCCUCAUGGUAUGUUCCAGGAACACGUGGUGUUACUGUCCUGAAAUGGUAUAAAGGGACUGAGACAACAGUUCCUCACAUCAGUUGUUUCCAUCCAUGUCUUUUUAUGUGAAUUUUUGGUAUAUUGUGUAAAAUGUGGUCUGGAAACACCAGAUGUGAAUUAAAAACUCAAAUGCACUUGUGCGCUCAAUUGAGGCAGUUUAGGGGGGAAAAAAAACAAUUAUACUACAAUGGAAACAUUUACAUUUAUUUACAAACAUACAUUAAUUUGUAUCAAGUCCUGUGAUUUCUUGCAUUUUUUUUUAAACAAACAAGUGAUUAGAUAACUGGCUCAGAAAAGUAAAAAUGGUGGUGAAAGUGAGAUUCUCCAGGUUCCCCAGAAUUGACUAUUUUGUCCUCUUGAACCCACAGGAAGGAGACUUAUUUUUAUGUUCUAAUAUUUCACGAGUUAAAUUCACAACUUGGAUGGAAAUCUUAUUUUCACAUUCCUCUUUAGAAGCUAGAAAUGUUAAUGAACGAUUGUUACUAUAGAAACAUAUUGGCACUAGAGCAAUAAUAUAAACUGAUCUGCUUUACAGCCAGCACUACUCUACUCUUAAAGCUGCUGUUAUAGAAAACAAUUCUCUCCCACUCAGAAAUGAAGAUCCAACUGGUUAGUGUUAUUCUUUAUCCUAAAUGUUUGCUGUAGGAAGUUUACAGAUUUGGCCAUGUGCUGGGGCUGUAAGGCUAAAAUAAGGGAUACUUAACUGCUAACUGAAGUGGGGGUAAUUAACUUUCCUGAUUUUAUAUAGCUCCCAAAAUGUACUCAAGUAUUACAGUACAGACUUGUAUCACAUCUUGUAUUUGGAUUUUAGUUAUUUUCCUCAAGCAGCCUGUAUAGAGAUUUUUUUUUUUUACUGUUCUUUGUACCAUUCAUAUUUAAUCCCAUAUCAUAUCCACUACUUUAUUCAUUUCCUUUUACUGUUUAAAUGUUUUUAGUGUACCUCCACCUCUGCUUACACUUUUGCAUAUGACUCAGAAACCCACAUCCUUCUCCUCCACAUGAAGCGCUAACUUAACUGCAUUCAAGGUAAAAGUUUCAAUUAGAAUUAGGUCAAGUUUAUUGAUUUAUUUUAUUUACACAAACAAGUUAAUAAAUAGAACUUAAAAAAAUGUGAGCAAAGGAUCUGAUUAAAUUUGCCUUUCUUUCGUGAAAGGAAACGCUCUUACUUUGAGCCUUUCACAUUCAAGGCAGCAUUUUAAUAAAGGAGUACAUUACAUCAUUAAAUGUUUAGUAUCUGUUAAUUUAAAACGAACAAAAGUUCAUAAGGUUCUCUCCUAUUCUCACAUACAAAAAAAAUUAACCGACAGGUUACAUGUUGAUUUCAAGAUAAUCCAGCUCGACUACAUAAAUUUUUUAAAAAAUUAACAAAUUUAAGACCACAAUCCAACAAAACCACACACACAAUGACAGAUCGAAAUCUUUCUUCCCUACACAGGAAGCGCUAAUAAACUAUAUAUACCUAGCAAUUAUUUAUUCUAUGUUAAGCUUAAAUAUUUUCUCAUCCACCCCAUAAGAAAAGCAUCCAUACUUAAUAGUAAUUUCAUAAAUAAUCUUUCAAAAGCACUGACCAAAGAGCUGGAACAAUUUUACAACACACCAUGUGUAUAUAUAGUGUUUGCUGCUUUUUUUUUGUCUGUCAGCCUUUCAGAUCUGUGGAAUUUCUCCAAAAUAGCAACUGUUUUCCAUGCAGAAGACGAGAUCAGCAGGACGUCGAGAGCAAGAGCAUCGUCUGCCUGCUUAGAAACCUACAUUGGAGGAACUCUCUCCCAGCUAGUCACGUUGUAGGAGCUUAGAAGUGUAAUUGUGUGUAUUUAUCAGUGUGUGGUGCUGUGUCGUGCUGGAGUAUGUGUUGAUACACAGUGUAUUUAGACUCCUGUAGGAGCCAGGCGGCUGAUGAAGGCGAUGCUAUUGAGGCACAUUCUCCUGAAGAAGGCCGGGCAGGCGGGCUUCAUCACAAAGUGCUCCAGGAGAAUCCUCAACUCUGUGAACAGGG